AUGUCUGACAGCACAGAUUAUCCAUAUUGCUAUUGUGGGCUGAGAGCUGAAAUUCGUAAUUCGUGGAAAACUCCCAAUUGUGGAAGAAGAUUUUUCUCGUGCCUCCAUUGGAAUGGAGUAGGAUACAAGUAUUUUGGAUGGGUCGAGCCUCCUCUUUGUGCCCGUGCUCAACAUAUAAUUCUUGGUUUGCUCAAGAGAUUGAAUGAAAUGGAAGAAUCAACUAAGAGGGCUGACAUUGAAAAAGUAGAGCUUUUGAAGUUUGAAGAAGAAAACAAGAAAUUGAAGAAACUAAAUUUGGAGUUUGAAGAAGAAAACAAGAAACUAAAGGCAGAAAUUCUGAAAUUGAAAAAUGAGAGUACCAAAAAAACAAGACUUCUAAGGAUAUUAACAGAUGAUGAAAAGAUGAUGAAUAGCUGA